AGUUUUCCAUCUAGCUAUAGAAUUCGCUACGAUGAUGAUACCAGCUAAUUUUUGACUCCGACUGCUAUGUUCGAAGUUAUUGGUGGCGUGUUAUGGCUUUGAUUUAUCGCAUGCAUGCAACGAGACGAUACGAGUUUGAAGAAAUUCGAGUAGCCGCGAAAGUGCAACAUUGACAUGAAUACCUUGAUCCUUACGAAGAUGAUGACUGGCCGCAGUGGAGUUGUUCGACGAUACUCCCCAUUUAACUUAUGGUACAAUAUGAACCAUACAAUGAAUGGUGUACCUCUAAUUUACACAAAUUCACGUGAUCUAAAUAGAUUAUUGCUGGCACCUAUAUCAUCACCAAUGUACAUUAAUAAUACGAUAUACCUUUCAAUUCGUAAAUUUCAUUUAACUUCAAGCUGGAAAGGCCAAGAAUCAUCAUCCAAAGUUGAAGAAACAGUGAAGAAUAUCAAAGAAGAAAAAGAGAUGAAGCAGAAAAUAGUAGAGGGUGUUGUAAAAGAUGUUGAACCAGUGAAGAAAGCUAAAGUCACAAUGUGGCAGAAAGUUAAGGGAGAAAUAUUGCACUAUUAUCACGGCUUUCGAUUAUUGGGUCUUGACAUGAAAGUUUCAGCAAAGUUAAUAUGGAGAAUUUUGCAUGGCAAAGAGCUCAGUAGAAGGGAACAUAAUCUGCUGGUGAAGACAACUGGUGACAUGUUUAGGUUGAUACCUUUCUCUGUUUUCAUCAUUGUUCCAUUUAUGGAAUUUUUACUUCCUGUGGCGAUUAAAUUAUUCCCUGGCAUGUUACCUUCUACUUUUCAAACAGCAACUGAAAAAGAAGACAAACUUAAACAGGCUCUAAAGGUCAAGAUAGAAAUGGCCAAGUUUUUGCAAAAAACAUUGGAUGAAAUGGCGGUGCAAUCGUCGAACCAUCGAUCCGAGAAGGCCAAGGAGUUCGUAGAAUUUUUCUAUAAAGUGCGAACAACUGGCGCUGUUGCAACCAAUGAAGAAAUCAUGAAGUUCAGCAAGCUUUUCGAGGAUGAGAUAACUUUAGAUUCCCUCUCACGGCCACAGUUAAUUGCUUUGUGUCGUGUAUUGGAUGUACAGACACUUGGCACUACUAACUUCUUACGAUUUCUACUUAGAAUGAGAUUAAGAAGCCUGGCUGCAGACGACAAACUGAUCGAAAAGGAAGGAGUCAGUACUCUAACUAGAGCCGAACUACAACAAGCUUGUAGAGCACGCGGUAUGCGUGCUUACGGAUUGCCAGAGAACAGAUUGAAAGAUCAGUUGUUACAGUGGUUGGAUUUGAGUUUAAAUAAGAAAGUUCCGCCCUCUUUAUUGUUAUUGUCACGAGCGCUCAUGAUACCGGAAACGGUGCCUAUGUCAGAUAAGUUGAAAGCGACUAUAUCUGCUUUGCCCGAUGCGGUGGUGGCUCGUACGAAAGGUGCUAUCGGAGAGAAAGAGGGUAAACUUGAUCACAGGACAAAUAUUGAGAUUAUAAAAAUGGAGGAGCGUAAGAUCGAAGAGGAGAGGAAGGAGAAGAAAGAAACUGAGCCACAAUCAAUCAUCUCAGAACCUAGCAUCAAGAAAGAUGAAAUUACCACUACAGACGAUGUGAAAGUUCUUGAACAGGCUUUGGACUCCAUCGGCAAGGACAAUAAGAACUUGGCUGUAGAGAAAGAAGAGAUCAAGGAGCUUAAAGAAGAAAUGGCCGAAUAUCAAGAGGAUAUUGAAGAAUUAGAUCAAAUUAAAGCAGAGGCAAGAGGCCAGAUAGAUAUAGAAAAUCUUAAAAUAUCGAAAGGUGCUAAGAGAUUAUUCAACAAAGUAAAUAAGAUGAUCUCGAAAAUGGAUGCUGUUCUAUUGGAGCUCGAGCAAUCUGAGAAGAAAGUGAAGCAGAGAAUGAAGUCGUUGGGCCCUGAUGAGACAAAGGAUGCCAAAGAUGUCGAAGAGUUAGUCAAGAUCGAUGAGUUGAUUGCAGCUAUUAAGCAAAUUCAAAAUGUACCCGAUGAACAUCGGUUAAAACGCAUAGCGGAAAUUUUAGGGAAAAUUGAUGAUGAUCAAGAUGGUGCAAUCAAGAUAGAAGAUGUCUUAAAGGUUGUAGAAUUAAUAAGUAAAGAAGAUGUUAAACUAAGUAAGGAACAAGUAGAUGAAUUAAUAGAAUUAAUGGACAAGGAAGAAGUGUUAUUAGUGGAAGAACAAAUGCAAAAGCUACAAAAGGAUUCCAGUGAGAAGCAGGAAGAGAAUAUGAAAGCCACGCAUAGAUCCACGGUGCCCGCUACACCGGUAACAACCGAGCCAAGAUUUGGAAAGGAGGAACUGGCAGAAGAUGCCAUUAGGGAAUCUGAUACAUCCUAUACAGGCUCGUCUAUUGAGGAAGACACGCAGAAAUCAGCCGCCACACUAAAAAGUAAUUCCAAAUCUGACGAGAUGAAAAAUUCCCCGCUUAGACCGAAUGUUCCACCGACACCGAAGAAGGCGGAAGGUUCCAAACAGCUGUGAUUAGCGCACAAUGAAACAUAAAUUAGUGUAUUUAAUUAUCGGAGCAAUAUUUUUACCGAAAUUUGACACCAUAAACUUUUGGUAUGGAUCUUCGUCUGUAUAUUGUAUCUCACACAUGUACUUUUUCUUCUUUUCAUCUUUAGAAAAUCUUUUUUCAACAUUAUUUGCUGCAAAUAGAGGACGCAUCAUUAUUACGUGAAAAUUGAACGUUUUAUAUUCGCGCGAAGCACAUGCGAUAACGUCUUUUUGUUAACGCAAUUAAUUAUCGCUAAGGUAGAAUCUUGUGUUGGUACAUUGUACCAAAAUGUGUACGCAUAAAAUUUUAUUUUUGUGUACACAUAAGAUGUGUACGCGGAUAUAUGCUGCUAUGUAUGUUGUAUGAAAUAUUGAUUUAGUAACAGAUUAAAUUUUUUUCAAUUUCAUAUU